AUGGUAUUGGGCGGAACUGUAUUCAAAGGGAUCUCAAUGGGUGGUACUCAUGUGGCCAUUAAAAAGUCCAAGCAAGCUUUCAAUCUAGAGGAUGGCCAUGACUUUCUUAAUGAAGUGACAAUUCUCUCUCAAAUCAAUCACAGGAACAUAGUGAAAAUAUUAGGUUGCUGUAUCCAAACUAUAUUACCAAUGCUGGUAUCUGAAUUCGUUCCGAAUGGAACACUGUUUGAACAUUUACAGCCCAAGGAAGGGUGUUUGCCUUGGGCUUCACGUCUGCAAAUUGCAAUAGAGACGGCGGAGGCUUUGGCAUAUCUACAUUCUGGAGCAUCUCAACCCAUUUUCCACCAUUUCGGGAUUUCUCGUCUCAUCUCUGCUUCCAACAACACACAUCUCACCACUAAUAUAAUGGGCACAAGGGGCUACUUAGAUACUGAGUAUUUCCAAACUUAUCAACUCACCGACAAAAGCGAUGUGUACAGUUUUGGUGUUGUUCUUGUUGAGCUUAUAACAGGUCUCGAACCACUGAGUGCAGAAAGGAUGAGCGAGGAGUGGAGCUUAUCUUAUCUUUUUCUUGCUAGAAUCAACCACAACCGCCUCAGCGAAAUUUUAGAUAGCAAAAUAUUGUUGGACGAAAACCUUCAACAGAUGGAAGAUAUUGGAAAGUUAGCAAGAGAAUGCCUUCAUUUGGAAAGGAGGAAAAGACCGUCGAUGAAAGAGGUUGUGGAGGAACUUUUGUGGGUAAGAGGAUCACAUUUUACAGCAGGAGUAAAACCCACCAAACAGACAGAAAUUAUAAAGCGAACCACCACUCUCAAUGCAUUUGGGCUCGCAACAACAUUUUCUGUUCGGGCAAAACUGGCAGUUCAAUCAGCAAAACCAAAACAAAAAUUGUUAACGAAUGUAAAGCCCAGAGGAAUUAAACGACAGACUGAAUGGUUGACUUAG